AGUGUCAUCCAAUAUGGUGGCGUUCGUGUCUGCACACACGUGUGGUUCUGUUGGCAUGUAGUAAACACUCGCAACAAGGAUUUCCCUUCGUGUUUGUCAGGCCGUGUCCCGAAAAGUCUUUGGCUUCUUUGUGUUGUCUACUAAUCGUCAAUCGCCAUGUCCGGCAGAAACAACAACAAGCUGCCCACUAACCUACCGCAGCUGCAGAAUCUGAUCAAGCGAGAUCCACCUUCCUACCAUGAGGAGUUCUUACAGCAGUUCAAUCACUACCAGUCCAAUAUUGAAGUUUUCAAGCUGCAACCUGAUAAACCAAACAAAGAGCUAUCAACGCUUAUUAUGUUUAUGGCACAGGUUGCGCAUUGUUAUCCAAAGGAUCUUGAAGAGUUUCCCCAGUUGCUGAAAACACUGCUCGUUUCACAUCACACAUUAAUGGAUUCAGACCUGAGAAUGACACUCUGUAAAGCACUAAUCAUGUUAAGAAACAAGGAUUUGGUAAGCCCCUCGGUUAUUCUGGAGCUUUUCUUUGAACUAUUAAGAUGUCAUGAUAAACUUUUGAGAACGACAUUAUAUACUCACAUCGUAACGGACAUUAAAAACAUAAAUGCAAAGCACAAAAACAACAAAGUUAAUACGACUCUACAAAACUUUAUGUACACAAUGCUUAGAGACAACCAUGCUACAGCAGCAAAGAUCUCAUUGGAUGUCAUGAUAGAGCUGUAUAGAAGGAAUAUCUGGAACGAUGCUAAAACAGUAAAUGUGAUAACUACAGCAUGCUUCUCAAAGGUGACAAAGAUCCUUGUUGCAGCUCUCAAGUUCUUCCUCGGAAAGGAUGAGGGUGAGAAGCAAGACAGUGAUUCAGAAUCCGAGGAUGACGGUCCAACUGCAAGAGAUCUAAUGGUGAGAUACUCCACUGGGAAAAAGAACACAAAAAACAAGAAGAAGCUAGAGAAAGCUAUGAAAGUGCUCAAAAAACACAAAAAGAAGAAAAAACCUGAGGUGUUUAACUUCUCAGCAAUUCAUUUGGUGCAUGAUCCACAAGAUUUUGCAGAAAAGCUGUUGAAGCAGCUUGAAACGUCCAAGGAAAGAUUUGAAGUUAAAAUAAUGCUUAUGGACCUCAUCUCCAGGCUGGUUGGAAUUCAUGAGCUUUUUCUAUUUAACUACUAUCCGUUUUUACAACGAUUUCUGCAACCACACCAAAGAGAAGUGACCAAGAUCUUGUUGUGUGCUGCUCAAGCUACACAUCAGCUUGUCCCUCCUGAGGUUGCUCAGUCUGUUUUGAUGACUGUUGCUAACAACUUUGUUACGGACAGAAACUCAGGAGAAGUUAUGACUGUUGGAAUAAACGCUAUCAAAGAGAUUACAGCUCGUUGUCCUCUGGCAAUGACAGAAGAUCUACUUCAGGAUCUGGUCCAAUAUAAAACACAUAAGGAUAAAAACGUGUGUAUGUCCGCUAGAAGUUUGAUACAGCUCUUCCGAACAUUAAAUCCACAGAUGUUGCAAAAAAAAUUCCGGGGAAAACCUACAGAAGCUUCAGUAGAGGCAAGAAUUCACGCAUACGGAGAGCUGGACGCUAAAGAUUACAUCCCUGGAGCAGAGGUUCUGGAGGUUGAAAAGAAAGAAAAAGAAGAUGCUGAAGAUGAUGACGGUUGGGAAAGUGCGAGUCUCAGCGACGAUGAUGAAGAUGGAGAAUGGAUUGAUGUCCAUCACUCUUCAGAUGAAGAGCAGCAAGAAAUGGCAGAGAAAAUCAAAGCAAUGCCUGAGGAGGAAAGGGUGUCUAAGGCAGUAGCAGUAAGUGGCAGCAGAUUUCUAACCCAGGAAGAUUUCAAGAAAAUCCGUCUUGCUCAGAUGGCCAAAGAAGUGAACUCUGCACCGGGCAAAUCUGAGAAAAGGACACACAUUGAAAUAGACAGUGAUGAGGAGAGCAGAGGUGAGUUACUUUCCUUAAGAGAUAUUGAACACCUGCAUAAAAAGCCAAAGACGGAUAAAGAAACUCGACUCGCCACUGUCUUGGCUGGCAGGACUGACCGAAAAGAGUUUGUAAGGAAAAAGACCAAAAUGAAUCCACACGCCAGCUCAACAAACAAGGAAAAAAAGAAAAAUAAAAACUUCAUGAUGAUGAGAUACAGCCAGAAUAUCCGUACUAAAAACAAGCGCUCCUUUAGAGACAAGCAGAUUGCCUUACGAGAAGCACUUUUGAAGAAAAGGAAAAAAAUCAUUAAAUAAUGGCACGACAAUGAAACAAGAUGGACUCUCUCCUAAAUAAUCCAUUUUAAAAAGAGUUUGGGCUUCUACACAUUCCAUAAUGUGUAGCUGGGAAUGGACUGUGGAAAACUAAAGAAGGGUAGAUCAAUAAACAGUGCCGGUAGAACUGAUGGCUCUUCUUGUUUGUAAAUAAGACAAAAAUGAAUCCUGGUUUUGAAAGAGUCAUAAAAUGCAGCAGUAUAUUUUGUAAAGAAAAAAACAUCUUGCACCAUAUUUAUUGUUGUGCCAUAUAUUAAAAUGUUUUAUUCAA